AUGCCCACCACCAAGCUGAUCGCGGUGUUCAAGAGAUUUCCCAAGGAGAUGUUUCGAGUCAACAAUGGGAGACAGGUUAAAUUGCGUGCCUGGAUACCAAGGCGACAGGUGUACGAUAUAUCUGCGAUGAAUGGGUUUGUUCAGCCAAAAGCUACAGAUCCUAAGUGUAAUGAAGCUCCCAACGGCGCGUCGAUGCGGCCGAACUCGCCUUACCAGCAAUCACUGGUUUCGUGGCGUUUUCGUGGCGAUGAUGUCGUCGUGUAUGCAGUGCCUGAAGGGACAGCGCUUCCGACGGAUCUUCUCCUGGUCCACGAACGAUCGGACCACUAUUCCCUCCAGCCAGCGGCUAAUAUACCGGCGUUAGAGCUCGAUGCAAAGAUAAAUCGUUUCCUUACAGCUCAUGCGAGGGCUUUUACGAGGGAGGAGUGGUUGGAGAUGUACCCGAAAGCGACUGAAAGCUUGUAG